AAGUGUGUAGAAGAAUUUUUCGAAGUCCAGAGCAAUGCAAGAUAUACGACGUCCCAAAUAACGAUGCACACUUUCCACACUACUGUGCUCUAUUGUUUAUAGCUUUUUGUAUGCCUACUGAUGUUAAGUUACUGUAAACUACUGUUAGUGGCAAUUAGUACUACUCAUUCAUUAUGUAAGCAUAAACUGUCAUCAUGUUCUUCCUAUGUAGAACUUUAGGCUACGCUAAAGAACGAUUGGCUGGAUGCCCUUCCUGUUGCCAUUCUUUCAACGUUCCGGGGCGGAAUUUGUGCAACCAGACUUUCUGCCUGUAAUGGCCUCUUGCCAUCGAAUCCAGAUGUUGAAAAAUCACCAGAUUUUGCUGCCAUAAUGAAGAAUUUGAUGAGCCGUAUAUCUGUCUCAGGCCUAUCAAAAGAAAAAGAAGAAACUAUCAUUCAGCAACUGAAAACACUGAAGAAACAUCAGCACAUUUUUUUAAAAAAUCAAUUUUUGUAUGAUACAGUGAAAGUGUACUGUGCUGGAGAUAAUUCGGGGAAACCUUUGCUUGACAAAACUGGUGCAAUUAUUGCAACAGAAGAACUGCCUUCGCAUAUCAGAAUACAAAAACUUUCUCCAUUAACACCUGAAGAAGUGCAGGAAUUGAGAUACAUAGCAGCUGAGAGAAUUAUAGUGAGAAGUGCACACGUGAAAAAUCUAAUGUAUGAGUCAGGACUGCAAGUUGCUGAAUGGCUUCCACUUUCUGAGGGUGAAAAAAUAGUCACUAAAGCAAAGAAGAUCUUGAGUGAAGAUUUUAAAGCAUACUAUACAGUAGCACAUUUAUAUUUGGAUAAAACUCUUACAUUAUGGCAUACAUGCGACAAAAGUUAUAAUGCAUAUCUUAGUAAGUUGAAUUGGCUUGAGAAAAGAUGUUCACUUCAUCAUCUCAAACUAAGAAUUCUUGAAUGCAGGAUUUCACUGGCGUUUUAUUCUGAAGAACCACAACAAAUAGAGGCUCUUGAACUGUUAGAAGUUCUUUUGAAGGAGAAGUUGAGUGAACUCAGAACUGAACUUCAGAAACUACAGUCAACAACAACCCAAUACAACAUGCUAAAGGGUACAGAAUAUGAUGCCAUUCUUCAUCAGUAUAUUGAUGUGUUGAGAAAGCUGAAAGAACAGGCAUGGACACUGAAUCAAAUGUCAAACAGUUAAGAGUGUGUGUGAGAGAGAGAGAGAGAGAGAGAGAGAGAGAGAGAGAGAGAGAGAGAGAGAGAGAACCAUGUUUACAAUACUUGAAAUAAAUUAAAAGGUACAUUUGUUAAUUAUUAGUUACCAACAAUUGAAUCUUUUCAAUUAAUUCAGUGUGAUUUAUGGAAAAAAAAUCCUGAAGAAUUCAUCUGUAUUAUAGCUGUAUUGCAAUGUAUAUGUGUUGUUAACAUUUAGAAAAGUUCUGUGGUUUCAGAGUAUGUCUUUGUUUAAAGGAAACAAAGAAAGACUAGCCAGAGUAAAAACCUACACUAACGCAACAUGAAUAUUUGUAUAGGAUGGGCUAGUUAAACAUAUAUGUUAAAAGACUCUGUUAUUUAUUUUAUUUAUUUAGCAUAUGGCUAUACAUGCAACAUUAAUACAUCAAG